CCGGACGGAGGUAAGGAAACCGGAUUGGGCCUCGCGGCGUGGGUGCGUCGUCGUGUCUGUCAGCCAUGUCUUUCACCGGCACGCAGGACAAGUGCACGGCGUGCGACAAGACCGUCCACUUCAUCGACCUCCUCACCGCCGACGGCGUCCCGUACCACAAGACCUGCUUCAAGUGCAGCCACUGCAAAGGGAUCCUCUCGAUGUGCAGCUAUUCGUCCAUGGACGGCGUCCUCUACUGCAAGACCCACUUUGAGCAGCUCUUCAAGGAGACGGGGAGCUUCUCCAAGAAGUUCACGCCAGGUUGCAGAUCUUCAGACAAGGAACUGGCAAGAGCCCCGAGCAAGAUAUCUUCUGCGUUUUCUGGUACUCAGGAUAAGUGUGCAGCCUGUCAGAAAACAGUGUACCCACUAGAAAAGCUAACUUUGGAAGGCGAGUCGUACCAUAAGAGCUGCUUCAAGUGCUCUCAUGGAGGCUGCAUCCUGACCACCUCAUCCUAUGCGGCGCUCAACGGGGUGUUGUACUGCAAGAUACAUUUCGGGCAGCUGUUCAUGGAGAAAGGGAGCUACAACCACAUGAAGAAGAAGAGCGAGUCCCAGGAGGUGUUGCCGGGCGUGGUGCCCGAAGAGCAACCGGCGCCGCCGCAAGACGAGAAUAGAGAGGACAACUAGGACGACAAAACGAGCCAAACAUAUACGGUGAUACGGAUAUCUGGAGUUUCUGUUUAUCAAUUUUGCGACGACUGUUUGUUCCCUCCUUUUUUUGCUCUUGAUCCUCUCUACGCGCUUGGUCUGUCAAGCUGUAAGUGUACUAAUGCCUUCUCUCAUACGAGGCUCAUGACAAUGGCAGGUUGACAACAAUGGCAUGCGGUUGAUUGCCAGCCUCCUGUGAAAAUUUGUAGUUUCGUAACUACUAUGAAUUAAUCCUAGCAAUGUUACAUAUA